UACCAGUACUACUCACAUAUACAUACUGCUUUGCCAUUUUUAUCAUGGCGAUUUCUUUUUGACAUUUGACUACAACUGGGCGCACGUGUUUUCGGGCAAGGCUCUGUGCUAAAUUAUAGUAAAAUCAAAAUGAAUCCGGAGAAGCUGAAGAAGUUGCAGGCGCAGGUGCGCAUUGGCGGCAAGGGUACCCCCCGCCGCAAGAAGAAGAUUGUCCACUCCACGCCCGCCACCGACGACAAGAAGCUGCAGUCGUCGCUGAAGAAGCUGUCGGUGAACACCAUCCCCGGCAUCGAGGAGGUGAACAUCAUCAAGAACGAUGGCACCGUCAUCCACUUCAACAACCCGAAGGCCCAGGCUUCGCUGCCGACGAACACGUUCGCCAUCACCGGCCAUGGGGAGAACAAGACGAUCACCGAGAUGGUUCCCGGCAUCCUGACGCAACUUGGACCCCAGGACAUCAACCAGCUGAAGAAGCUGGCCACGGAGAUUGCCAACAAGAGCGCCGCCGGCGGCGCAGCCGGUUCCUCGGCCGUCGAUGCCGGUGAUGAUGAUGUGCCCGAUCUGGUCGAGAACUUCGAGGAGGUGGCCAUUGCCGGUACAAAGGAGGAGAAGUCCGGUGAGGUGGCGGCCUCCGCUUAAGCGGGUCCAUCCUUGUCCACCUGGACAAAUCACCUAAAAACAACACCACACACACCGAACACAAAAACACAUACAAAACAUACGGCUAGGGAGCAAACUGAAGGGGCGGCAUACAGGACGCACCCCCCGAGCAGUCGGAAUUACACCAACUUUACCCAGUACCACUCCCCAUUCCGUAACCAAUUCGGAACCACUCCGGACUGUGAUGGUACGUGCCUGGAUGGGUCAUCCUUCGGUCUCCCUUUGGCCACUUUUUGGGGGUAAUGCUACACACUAUACUAAAAUACAAAAAAUAAAGGCAUCCGAGUGAGCGCUGAACAGAA